AUGGAGCGCUUUGUCCGUGUUCCCUAUGGCUUGUACCAGGGCUAUGGGAAUCCAAUGCCUUUGGGCCAUCCCGGAGUCUCUGAACACAAACAGCCUGAUUGGAGGCCAAACGUUGGUCCCCCUACUUUCCUGGCCAGGCCUGGGUUGCUGGUGCCUGCAAAUGCUUCCGACUGCUGCAUGGACCCUUACAAGAGGGCUCAGCUUAAGGCUGUUCUCUCCCAGAUGAACCCCAGCCUAAGCCUGCGGCUUUACAAGGCCCACACCAGGGAGGUGGGCGUGCAGGUGAGCCCGCGGGUGGACAAGUCAGUGCAGUGCUCACUGGGGCCUCGCACCUUGCGCAGCCUCUCCCCUUGGGGCAGCACAGGCCACAAGGCACCCCUGUCAGCCUGGGGAGUCUAUUCACCAGUGAUAGGUUGCAGGGGCUUGAUUCAGCUGCAGAGGGAGGGGGAAGACCAGGAGAGGAAGGCACUUUUGGGCCCUGCUGAGGCCAGCCAGCAGCAGCAGCAGCCACCACCAACGCCAAGGUCAGAACAGGAUGAACAGGAGGAACUUCACCAGCACAAUGAGUUGGAGGAGGAAGAUGCCUCAAGUCCUCGGGAAAGGAAGAGCAAGCAGGCACAGGGAGUUGGUGGGGAAGAUCUGCUCAGGAAGUCCAAUUUCCAGUUUUUGGAACCAAAAUAUGGCUAUUUUCACUGUAAAGAUUGUAAGACCAGAUGGGAGAGUGCUUACGUGUGGUGCAUUUCUGGAACUAAUAAGGUUUAUUUCAAACAACUAUGUUGCAAAUGCCUAAAGAGUUUUAACCCUUAUCGAGUAGAAGCAAUCCAGUGUCAGACCUGUUCAAAGUCUCGUUGUUCCUGUUCUCAAAAGAAAAGGCACAUUGAUCUAAGGAGGCCUCAUCGACAGGAACUGUGUGGUCGCUGCAAAGACAAGAGAUUCUCCUGUGGCAAUACUUACAGCUUUAAAUACAUCAUUUGA